UGCGCUGAGAGUAAGCAGCGCCCCUGGCCUCGAAUGAAACACACUGGAUCAGCAGCAGCUUUUCAUUGAGAGCAAACUGGGAGAAAGAAGGAGGCUGUCAAACACUUCAAGCGGACUGUAUCUCAGGAGCGGGGGCUUAAAAACUCAAGCGUGUGAAGGCCAAUCGUGUUUAGCCAGAUAAUGACGGAGGUUAGCGAGAUAUUGAUGUCGGUUCUGUCUACGAUUCGGGUUCCGAGGCCCGGAGAUCGUGUUCACAAAGACGAGUGCGCCUUCUCAUUCUCCAGCCCGGAGAGUGAGGGAGGCUUGUAUGUCUGCAUGAACAGCUUUCUCGGCUUUGGAAGCAAGUAUGUCGAAAGACACUACGCCAAAACCGGUCAGAGAGCUUACCUGCACAUCACCCGGACCCGGAAAACACAGAAGGAGGAUGAAAACAAUUCUGGAUCAGGUGACCCUCCGAAAAAGAAGCCCACAAGACUAGCCAUUGGGAUCGAGGGAGGGUUUGAUGUUGAGCAGGAGCAGUAUGAGGAAGAGGUCAAGGUGGUUCUGUUCCCAGACCGACAGGAAGUGACAUCAGAAGAUCUAGCCUCCAUGCCAGAUGUUGUUCGGGAACGGGUGUCUUUGUCGAUGGCGGGGCUGCAGGCAGCAGACUCAGUGUCACACACUUUGCAGGUGCAGCAGUGGGACGGAGAAGUGCGACAGGAGUCAAAACACGCAGCUGACCUUAAACAACUCGACAAUGGGGUCAAAAUCCCUCCGAGUGGCUGGAAGUGUGAGGUCUGUGACCUACAGGAAAACCUGUGGAUGAAUCUGACAGACGGAAAGAUUUUUUGUGGGCGGAGAUAUUUUGAUGGCUCAGGGGGGAAUAACCAUGCCCUCCUGUACUACCAGCAGAGUGGAUACCCACUGGCUGUCAAACUGGGCACAAUAACACCCGACGGAGCAGAUGUCUAUUCAUAUGACGAAGAUGAUAUGGUUUUAGACCCUAAGCUUCCAGAACACCUUUCUCACUUUGGCAUUGAUAUGAUGACUAUGGAAAAGACGGAGAGAACCAUGACUGAGCUGGAGAUCGCAGUGAACCAGCGUGUGGGAGAGUGGGAGGUGAUUCAGGAGUCCGGUACCACUCUGAGGCCCCUGUGGGGCCCGGGGCUCACCGGGAUGAAGAACCUGGGAAACAGCUGCUACCUCAACUCCGUCAUGCAAGUGCUAUUCACCAUCCCAGACUUCCAGACCAAAUACGUUUCCAACAUCGAAAAGAUCUUUAACGAGGCGCCCAGUGACCCUACCCAGGAUUUUAAGACUCAAGUAGCAAAGCUGGGUUAUGGCCUUCUUUCUGGAGAGUACUCUAAGCCGGCCCCUGACCCCGGAGAUGACCCCAGUACCUCCACUGAACCCAGGGGAGACCAGGUUGGCAUAGCACCUCGCAUGUUCAAAGCUCUGGUGGGACGAGGCCACCCUGAGUUCUCUACCAAUCGGCAACAGGAUGCGCAGGAGUUUCUUCUUCACUUUAUAAAUAUGGUGGAGAGGAACUGUCGUUCAGGCAUGAAUCCUUCAGAAGCUUUCCGCUUCCUAGUGGAGGAGAAGAUCGUAUGCCAGCAGUCACAAAAGGCCAAAUAUACCCAGCGAGUGGACUACAUGGUCCAGCUGCCUGUUCCCAUGGACCAGGCCACUAAUAUGGAGGAGCUACAAGAAGCAGAGCGUUGCAGAGAGGAGGCGGAGUCAUCUGGAGCCCCUCCCCCUGCCGCACCACGUGCUCAGAUCCCAUUUGCUGUCUGUUUGGCUGCUCUUAGCGAACCGGAAACUCUCACAGAUUUCUGGAGCUCUGCAGUACAAGCCAAAACCACUGCCACAAAGAUCACUCGCUUUGCUUCAUUUCCUGACCAUCUUGUCAUCCAAAUUAAGAAAUUCACCUUUGGCCUCGAUUGGGUUCCUAAAAAACUAGAUGUGAGCAUUGACGUUCCUGACACGCUGGAUCUGAGCUCGCUCCGUGCUAUGGGACAGCAGCCAGGGGAGGAGCUUCUGCCAGAGGUGGCUCCACCUCCUCUCAUGACCCCUGAUGUGGAGGUUAAAGCUCCGGUGUUGGAUGACUCCACAGUGUCUCAGCUGUGUGAGAUGGGUUUUCCUCUGGAGGCCUGCAGGAAGGCCGUGUACUACACAGGCAACACUGGCAUCGAUGCUGCUAUGAACUGGGUGAUGGGACACAUGGAAGACCCUGAUUUCUCGGCACCUUUAGUGUAUCCUGGAUCAAGUUCUGCUCCUGGCACCACACCCACAGAGAGUCUACCUGAGGAACAUCUAGCAACUAUUAUUUCUAUGGGAUUCAGCCGAGACCAGGCCACUCGCGCUCUCAGAGCUACGAAUAAUGUUCUGGAGCGAGCCGUGGAUUGGAUCUUCUCUCAUCUGGAUGAUCUGGAGUCCAUGGAUGUGUCUGAAGGUGGGCGCUCAGAGGGAGGAAGUGAAGCCAGUCGGGAACCUCCUCCAGGACCGCGUGUCCGUGACGGACCAGGAAAGUAUGAGCUUUUUGCGUUCAUCAGUCACAUGGGAACGAGCACAAUGUGUGGUCAUUAUGUCUGCCACAUCAAGAAGGACCAACAGUGGGUAAUCUUUAAUGAUCAGAAAGUUUGUGCCUCUGAGAAACCACCUAAGGACCUGGGCUACCUGUACUUUUACAGAAGAGUGGUUGAAUAGAGUAAACUAGAAUAGCGUUUCCCUCACACACACACACACACACACACACACACACACACACUCCUCUGUAUCUGAUCUACUGAAACAGUAGGGCCAGACUCCUGCUUCUAAACUGACGCACCAUUUAAUAAGUCAAAGCACUUCUCAGUCAAUCAUAUUCACUACCAAGAGAAUUGUAAUGAAGGCAGAAGGGGAAAAAAUGAGAUGUAAGAUGUGAAGAUUAGUGUUCUUACUCAAAACGCCUUGUUGUACAACGCCUUACCACACACACACACACACACACACACUCUAGUCUCUUUCGUGCCUCCCCCUGAUUGGAUAGUGGCUAUUGUGACAUCAUCGCUUUUAGAGCUAAGCUCCUCCUUCCUUUGUGUUUCAGAAUGUUCUUGCAAAUGUUUAAUGGCAAGUAAAUGUCACUAAAUCACAAAAAAAAAAAAAAAACGGUCGAACGUUAUGAAUUGGAUUUUUAAA